CUAGUCCGGAGUGCCUGAGACUUGAGUGAGCAGGGAUAUAUACCUGAGUGAAGGAGGGGGCAUACCUGAGUGAGCAGAGUUCCAGAGAUAAGUGAGCAGGGGCAUAGAACUGAGUUACAGGGCAUGUAAGUUAGUGACCGGUGUAGAUCACUGGGGCAAGAGGAAUAUAUAAGGGAUGUACCUGUGUUAGGUUAAGUACAGGUAUGGGAACAGAUAGCUGACUGAGGAACACAACAUUAAACUGGGUGACAAAACAAUUCAGGGACAAAUAUUUAUGUGCACGAAAUUGGAUGAAGAAGGAAAGGAGUAACCGAGACAGAUAUAGAUGAGUGAAGUGACUAGAGGUGCGGAGCUGGAGAGCGGAACCCGCUAAGUGAGGGUACGGACAAGGAGAGCUAAGUUAAGGGGCGCACUCUGUUGAAUUUGAGGGUCAGAGCCUGGACUCGUUUGCAGCAUAGUGAGUGGGGGCUGCUGCGGUCCGUAUGAGGGAUUUACACCCCACAGAAUCCCGUCUCUAUUUAUGGAAUGUUGCUGGUAAUUCUGCUCCUGCUGUGUGCACUAAAUCCAGCCCGCAGUGAGGAUGCCGGCUACAGUCUAUACUUUGUGAACACGUCCCUACUUCAGAUCACAUUCUCCAGCACUGUAGGAGUGACUAUUCCUUGCCCAGCUGCUGGUUCACCAACUGCUAACCUCCGAUGGUACCUGGGCACCGGAGAUGAUAUAUAUGAUGUACCACUCAUCCGGCACGUCCAUGCCAACGGAACACUCCAGCUCUAUCCAUUCUCCCCAUCUGCCUUCAAUAGCUUUAUACACGACAAUGAAUACUUCUGUACAGCUGAGAACUCUGCCGGCAAAAUCCGGAGCCCCAACAUCCGUGUCAAAGCAGUUUUCAGGGAACCAUACACAGUGCGGGUGGAGGACCAACGUGCCAUGCGUGGCAGCGCGGCUGUCUUCAAGUGCCUCACCUUCCCAUCAGUCCAGGAGUACGUUAGCGUGGUGUCCUGGGAGAAGGAUACAGUGUCCCUCACAUCAGCAGAGGGCAGGUUUAUCACCUCCCCAUCGGGUGCCCUGUAUAUUAUGGAUGUACAAAAGGAAGAUGCACUAUCCACAUACCGUUGCAUCACCAGGCAUCGUUAUAGCGGAGAAACUCGACAGAGUAACGGAGCGCGACUGCUGGUAUCAGAUCCUGCAGAAUCUGUCCCCAUACUCCUUGAUGGAUUCCAGUCCCAGGAGGUGCUUGUUGGUCACAGCGUGGAGCUACCUUGCAUCGCCUCUGGAUACCCCAAUUUAGCAUCACGUUGGAUUAAGGAUGGCCGCCCAGUGCCAUCUGAUAGCCGCUGGAGCAAGCGAAGUACAGGGCUGAGUAUGACUGACCUGCGCCUGGAGGACAGUGGCACAUACAUCUGCGAAGUCACUAACAGUUUUGGUUCAGCCGAGGUCACUGGUACACUAACUGUAAUUGAACCACUUCGUGUUACCCUUACACCCAAGAAACUGAAGACUGGAAUUGGGAGUACAGUUAUCCUCUCAUGUGCUAUCAAUGGGUCUCCUGGUUACAACGUUCACUGGUACCGGAAUACAGAGCUUAUUGAAGUGGAUGAGUUUAUCUCUCUGCGGGGUGCAGAUAAUGAAACUCUUGUUAUCAGCAGUGCUCAAAAAAGUCACUCUGGGGCGUACCAGUGUUUUGGGAUCCGUAAAAGGCAAACUGCACAGGACUUUUCCAUUGUCGUACUUGAAGAUGGGACACCCCGUAUCCAUUCCUCCUUUAGUGAAAAGGUGAUGAACCCGGGUGAGCAGUUCUCCCUUAUGUGCUCAGCCAAGGGGGCACCCCCACCCACCAUCAGCUGGACACUGGAUGAGGAGCCCAUACAGCGGGAUUCUGGGCACCGAUCUAGCCAAUACACUGCAUCGGAUGGCAGCACUGUCAGUUACAUGAAUGUGAGCAGCCCACAAAUCCAGGACGGGGGGGUGUACCGUUGUACAGCACGCAACUCUGUGGGGAGUGCAGAGUACCAAGCUCGAAUAAACGUAAGAGGCCCUCCGAGCAUCAGACCCAUGAAGAACCUAACUGCAGUGGCUGGCCGAGACAGUUUCAUACACUGUCGUGUGAUUGGUUAUCCAUACUAUUUUAUCAGCUGGUAUAAGGACUCACUGUUACUUCCCGAUAAUCACAGACAGGUAGUUUUUGAGAAUGGGACCCUCAUGCUGAGCGAUGUGCAGAAAGGAAUGGACGAGGGCGAGUAUUUGUGCAGCGUCCUCAUCCAGCCACAGUUGUCCAUCAGCCAGAGCGUCCAUGUCACCGUCAAAGUGCCACCACUGAUACAGCCCUUUGAGUUCCCCCCUGCAUCUAUUGGGCAGCUCUUGUACAUUCCAUGUGUAGUAUCUUCUGGAGACAUGCCAAUCCGUAUCACCUGGCGCAAAGAUGGGCAGGUGAUCGUGUCUGGUUCCGGUAUCACUAUAGAAAGCAAGGAGUUCAUGAGCUCAUUACAAAUAUCAAGUGUCUCACUCAAGCACAAUGGGAACUACACGUGUAUAGCAAGCAAUGAUGCCGCCACUGUAAGCCGCGAGAGGCAACUCAUAGUCAGAGUGCCUCCAAGGUUUGUCGUUCAACCAAACAACCAGGAUGGAAUUUAUGGCAAGGCUGGUGUAUUAAAUUGCUCUGUGGAUGGGUAUCCUCCACCCAAGGUGGUGUGGAAGCAUGCCAAGGGUAGCGGAAACCCUCAGCAGUACCACCCAGUGCCCCUCACGGGGCGGAUCCAGAUUUUGCCCAAUAGCUCUCUGCUAAUCCGACAUGUGCUAGAGGAGGACAUAGGGUAUUACUUGUGCCAGGCCAGCAAUGGAGUGGGCACUGAUAUCAGCAAGUCCAUGUUCCUCACAGUGAAAAUCCCUGCGAUGAUCACCUCACAUCCCAACACAACAAUUGCUAUCAAGGGUCAGACCAAAGGCCUUAAUUGCACAGCUCGAGGGGAGCGCCCGAUCAUAAUACGCUGGGAAAAGGGGGAUACAGUGAUCGACCCUGACCGAAAUUUACGUUACCUGAUCGCUACCAAGGAUAGCGGCGAUGAAGUUAUCUCCACCCUGACGCUAAAACCAGCAGAGAGAGGAGAUUCCGUGUUUUUUUCAUGCCAUGCAAUAAACUCGUAUGGAGAGGAUAGGGGGCUGAUCCAGCUUACUGUGCAAGAGCCCCCCGACCCCCCUGAGCUGGAGAUCCGGGAGGUGAAGGCUCGCAGCAUGAAUCUACGGUGGACCCAGAGGUUUGAUGGGAACAGCAUUAUAACAGCGUUUGAUAUUGAAUACAAGAACAAGUCAGACUCAUGGGAAUUUAAACAAUCCACUCGAAAUAUUUCCCCCAUAAUUAACCAGGCAAAUAUUGUAGAUCUGCAUCCAGCCUCUGUGUACAGCAUACGCAUGUAUUCUUUCAACAAGAUUGGGCGUAGUGAACCAAGUAAAGAGUUAACUAUUAGCACAGAGGAGGCAGCUCCAGAUGGACCUCCCAUGGAUGUCACUCUACAGCCACUGACAUCACAAAGUAUACAAGUAACCUGGAAGGCUCCUCGCAAGGAGUUACAGAAUGGAGUGAUACGAGGAUACCAAAUUGGAUACCGUGAGAAUGGCCCAGGAAGUAACGGUCAAUACAGUAUUGUAGAGAUGAAAGCUACUGGGGAUGGUGAGGUGUACACGCUGGACAACAUGAAAAAGUUUGCACAGUAUGGAGUCGUGGUCCAGGCUUUCAACCGAGCAGGAACUGGCCCAUCUUCCACCGAGAUUAACACCACUACUCUAGAAGAUGUGCCUAGUCAGCCUCCAGAGAAUGUGCGCGCUCUGUCAAUCACAUCAGAUGUUGCAGUCGUUUCCUGGUCUGAACCCCCUCGCAGCUCAUUAAAUGGAGUCCUUAAGGGUUACAGAGUCAUUUACUGGUCACUGUACCCUGAUGGGGAGUGGGGUGAGAUGCAGAACAUUACCACCCUACGAGAGCGAGUAGAGCUGCGUUCUCUAGAGAAGUUUACUAACUACAGCGUGCAGGUCUUGGCAUUCACACAAGCUGGGGACGGAGUGCGGAGCAGCGUUCUCUAUCUGCAGACCAAGGAGGACAUCCCAGGACCCCCAGCUGGAAUCAAAGCAGUCCCCUCCUCACCCAGCAGUGUAGUUGUGUCCUGGCUGCCCCCCACCAAACCCAAUGGGAUCAUCCGAAAGUACACCAUCUUCUGCUCAAGCCCAGGCUCUGGUCAACCAGCUCCCAGUGAAUAUGAGAGCAGCCCUGAGUUCCUACAUUACCGUAUAAUGCACCUUCUUCGUGGGCAGCAGUACAUGCUAUGGGUAGCUGCUGUGACAUCAGCUGGGCGUGGCAAUUCCAGUGAAAAGGUGAUGAUUGAGCCAGCAGGAAAAGCUCCAGCCAAAAUAAUUUCUUUUGGUGGUACUGUAAGUACUCCGUGGAUGAAGGAUGUGCGCCUUCCCUGCAGCUCAGUGGGGGAACCAGCACCAGCUAUAAAAUGGACCAAAGACAGUGAAGACUCUGCUAUUCCAGUAGCCCUGGAUGGGCAUCGUCUUAUCCACUCCAAUGGCACCCUCACCUUACGCUCUGUGAAAGCCGAGGAUUCUGGGUACUAUACCUGUACUGCCACAAACACCUGGGGAUUUGAUACUAUCAUUGUCAAUUUGCUGGUACAAGUUCCUCCAGAUCAGCCUCGUCUCACUGUGUCUAAAACUUCUGCAUCCUCUAUAACAUUGGCUUGGAUUCCAGGAGAUAACGGAGGAAGCUCCAUCAGAGGUUUUGUCCUCCAGUAUUCAGUAGAUAACAGCGAAGAAUGGAAAGAUGUAUUUAUCAGCUCCUCAGAGAGAUCUUUUCGCUUGGAGAACUUACGUUGUGGUACAUGGUACAAAGUGAAGCUGGCAGCAAAGAACAGCGUGGGUGCUGGGCGAAUCAGUGAAAUUAUUGAGGCCAAGACACAUGGAAGAGAGCCAUCUUUCAAUAAAGACCAACAUCUCUUUACCCACGUGAAUGCCACUCAUGCCCGACUGAACCUCCAAGGCUGGAAUAGUGGUGGUUGUCCCAUCACUUCUGUGAUCCUUGAGUACCGGCCACGCAGCAGCUGGGCAUGGCAAAGUGUCCGCUCCAAUGUGACUAGUGAUGUGUUUCUGACAGAGCUCCAUGAGGCCACCUGGUAUGAACUGAAGAUGAGGGCCUGCAACAGCGCUGGCUGUGGGAAUGAGACUUCACAGUUUGCCACGCUGGACUAUGAUGGCAGUACUAUUCCUCCCAUCAAAUCAGCCCAGGGGGAGGGAGACGAUGUCAAAAAGCUAUUCUCCAUUGCGUGUCCGGUUAUCCUUGCCACAUUGGGUGUCGCUCUUCUAUUUAUCAUUCGCAAGAAAAGGAAAGAAAAGAGAUUAAAGAGGCUUCGAGAUGCUAAAAGCCUUGCAGAGAUGCUGAUUAGUAAAAAUAACCGCAGUUUUGACACUCCUGUGAAAGGCCCCCCUGCGGGCCCUCGUUUGCAUAUCGAUAUUCCCCGCGUCCAGCUUCUCAUCGAGGAUAAGGAAGGUGUUAAACAAUUAGGGGAUGAUAAGGCGACACUGCCAGUGACAGAUGCAGAGUUCAACCAAGCAGUGAACCCACAAAAUUUCUGCACUGGUGUUUCACUGCACCAUCCUGCACUGAUUCAAAACACGGGGCCCCUCAUCGACAUGUCUGACAUCCGACCUGGAACAAAUCCAGUCUCCCGAAAGAGUGUUAAAUCCACUCACAGCACACGAAACCGAUAUUCCAGCCAAUGGACCCUCACAAAGUGCCAGAGCUCCACACCUGCACGCACCUUGACCUCUGACUGGAGAACUGUGGGGUCUCAGCAUGGCAUCACUGUGACAGAGAGUGAUAGCUAUAGUGCCAGUCUUUCUCAGGACACAGAUAAAGGCCGAAACAGUAUGGUUUCAACAGAGAGUGCAUCAUCCACAUAUGAAGAACUGGCUCGCGCCUAUGAACAUGCCAAGCUGGAGGAACAACUGCAGCAUGCUAAGUUCGAGAUCACUGAGUGUUUUAUAUCGGACAGCUCUUCUGACCAGAUGACCACAGGAACCAAUGAUAAUGGAGAUAGCAUGACCUCCAUGAGCACCCCUUCUGAGCCAGGCAUCUGCCGCUUCACUGCCUCCCCUCCAAAGCCACAAGACAGUGACACAAACAAGAAUGUUGCUGUGCCUAUUCCACACAGAGCUAAAAGUGAAUAUUGCAACCUGCCGCUCUACAUGAAAUCUGAUCCCCACUAUCGCAAGCCAGAGCCCCAUGAUCCCUGCCCUGUGGUGCCGCCCCGUGAGGCAUCUAUGAGAAACCUAUCACGGAACUACCAUUCUCGCCACCUUACCCUAGAACCUGGUGCAAAACCCCCUCCUGGACUUUCGCACCCAGCACCGGCCGGUGUCAGCUUACCUCAGCGGACUCUACAUAUGGCCGGUGCAUCCUCCUCUGCUCCUUCUGCCCCAGUGGCCACAGCACCUUCAGCUCCUGCUGACCCCACUGUCUCUUCUGGGCCAGUGGAAAACCGCUUGCACGCACAACAAAGCAAGAUGGGGGGCUCAAGAGACUCUUUACUGGAAAUGAGCAGCUCUGGAGCCAGCCGAGCACAAAAACAGGGAUCUGGGGCCUACUCCAAAUCUUAUACACUGGUCUGACAUCCACCCCUUUAUCAAACCCCCAGCCCACCCCCAUCACAGACUGCAGAGAUCCUAAUCCUUGCACAAUGUCUUGCCCAUAUUUCUAUAUUUUGAAAAUGCUAAAAAAAAAGAAAAAUAACAGGACAAAUGGAGAUAAACACAGAAAACUUGAUGAUAAAAGACAUUUUUGUAUGAAAAAUAGCUAUUUUCUUCUUCAUGAUAAAAAAAAGAAUGAGAAAAAAA